AGAAGUUUUUUUUUCUCUUUUCUUGAGCAUAUUCAGCCUUUUUUCCAACAAGAAACCAAAAAAAAAAUAUGGGAGACUACUAUGACUACUCACAGCAUAGUUAUUGCAUCACAUUUGGUUUCGAUCAGGAACGAGUUUAUGUCGAUUGCUUUUAUAGCGACUACAAGGAAGAAAGCACAGGAUACUUUAUGCAGUCGUUGGAAGCUUCAAUUUUGUAUAAUGUUUCUACUGGUGAGUUUUGGUUCAAGGAUGAUGAUGCUAAAUUGAGAAAAGAAUCCAAAGAUAUCUAUUAUCAGAAAAAUGUCUUUACAAAACUCUAUGAUAUAUAUUUAAAGAGGAAGGAAAAUUCCUUUUACCAAUACGAUAUGCAUGAUGAUAUUGUGAUCGGUGCUAUAGGCUAUUUUGUACAGAAGCAAGUAAACUAUUACCAGUUACACAAGAUGGGCGGAGCAAAUACAUCUUCUUGUCUGCUUCCGCAUUUUGCGUUGUUCCUGCCCACCAGCUGGGACGAUGAAAUAAGAGAAGAGCUUCUUCGUCCAGUAUUCAUCCAAAACAAAAUACUCACCGAAAACGAUCACAAGCAAAGAUUAUUGUUUUUCACCCAACUCGAAACGAAUUUUCGGUAUAUGCAGUCCAAAGCUGACAAAGAAAAUGAGAGGAUGAACACAGAAAUCAAAAAUGGAAAACAGUAUAUUAUGUACGGACUCAAAUUUAAUGACGAUAGUCUCGCGGUAAACUUGGAUUUAUUUUCGGCGCAUUACCCUUCAACUGAAGCAAUCGACGAUAGUUUUGUCGCAAACUCGUUAAAUUUUGCGCUCUUUACUGUCCCUCUCGACACUAACAUACAAAGUGGUUUAGAAUUAUGCUUAGAAACCCGAGGAUUCAAUUUGAAAGAUCCAAAAACCAGAAAAAUAGUCACUCUAUUGACUAAGCAAUAUAAGAAACAAGAGCUUACUUCGUCCAGAAAUGGAUAUGAGAGUGACGAUAUACAUGAAUACCAGCCUUUUAAACAACUGCAUAUCAAUCCUAAACAAUGUGAACUGAAUGCCGAUGAAAACACCCGUAUCCAAUCCAUCACUAUGAAAGAUAUACAUCAAGACUUAUUUCACCUGCUAGAAACAACGUUUUUGAAUCAGAUCAAAGAGCUAGUUGCAACCCACGGUGCAAAAACACGUACAGGAAUAAUAACCUUACUAAAUAUCGAUGAACGUUUGAUCAAACGUUUUGAUUUCAAAUACAGCUCCUAUGUUGCAUGGAUGGUAUUCAACUGGCUGAAGAGAUUUCUCAAUGCUGCUACAUCUGAGAAUCGAUGUCUAACAACUUUUGGAAAGGGUUUACACCCCAGCUUUAAAUUAUUUUGGACUACUAUUUUAAAAGGAAACAGGAUUUUGAUUAAAGAUACAAUCCAACUGUCCACAAAGAAUAUACCUCCAUCCGUUAUUUCAGCAAACAGAAUAGGGUGUCUCAGUGGACCAUCCAUUUCUAUGUUUGAUCAUUCUAAACCGAAUUAUAUUAUCAAUAUAGCUGUAUCCGAAAACUCUGUUAAAUACGCGUACUCAGCUACUGGCACCAACGAAUGUGUUGAGAAAUGCAGUGAUUAUAGCGAGUGCGAUAUGCAUGCUAUAAAUUCUUUUUUUAUCCAGCCUAACAUGUACCUAAAAGCACUUCUCCGGAUUACGGACAGGUUGAAGUUAUUUAUGGACAAAAACUUUAAAGAGUUUCUAGACGACAAGCUUGAUCUUUUCAGUAACAAGUCUGUAAAAGUAAUCUGUUUACGGAUCAAGACAUGUCUUCCCCAAUUAGCCGAUUUUUUUUCAAAGAAGUCCAAAGAGCAAUCGAAACCACAAAAGUUCGUUGUUUUACAGCAAAAUAAGUAUAGACAGCUUUUCUUGAUGAUGUACUUUGCUUAUCUCGACAAAACUGUGACGGAACAAGCGACCCAAUGUUUUGGAAACGGAUGGACGAAGCAUAAUGUUGGUACCACUUUAUCCGUUGAAAAGCGGGUACUCGAUGAAAUUAUUGGCUCUAGAAAAACUCUUCAAAAGCUCCUGGUGGGAAGCGGUAUGCUUCGGGAAGACGAAAAAAACAUAAAGGCUGUCAUCAUUACUCAGGGCGAAGGGCUUUUGCCUGCAAUCCAAGAACAAGUUGGUUUAAAUCUCGCUCUAAAGUCGCAUUAUGUGUUAGCUCAGCUAAGUACAGAUUAUAUACAGAUUUCCUUGCAUCAAGUUGUAAAGAUUUCAUCUCCCAAGGAAAGCGCAGCUGCGGUUGUUAUUCAAGAUGAGAUAAUUCAAAUUGAAGACGUAAACGACGCUUUAAGCAGACAUGUGUGGAAGUGUAUUGAAUCCGGUAAUCAAAUUGAAUACUGCUCUAUACAUAACAAGGCUGGAUCACAUAAAACUUUUUCGCCUAAAAACUACGCAAAUGUUUUAAUGGUAUUGAAGCAGCAUAUAAUUAAAACUCUCUCCUCUAACUUUAAAAUCUCAAGCAUGGACGAUAAAACAAAGAUAAUGCUAGGAGAAGAAUGUGGAUGCAGUAUUCAUGUAACAGCUCGUAACAUUAUAGAGAUGGGAGUCAAAUCCGUCCUCCAAAAAAUGACUACGAAAAUUGCUGCCUCACUUACGAAUAUCAAUUUGUUUGGCAAAUAUGAAGUCAAUUUUGUAUUUAUAAUGGGCGACAUAUUCAAUCUUGAGCGCAAUCCCAUUAUGCAUACUAUCUAUCGGCGAUUACUACAAGAAGCUUACAAUGAAAGUAUUGCAAUGAAGGGAAAAGACGCGUCAGGAUUUAUUAUACAGAAAGAUAUAUUUCAAUUAUUGCAACCCAUCAAAGCCAAGAAGCCGUUUAUGUACGACAGUUUUACGAUUGGAAGUCUAUAUCUUACUGCAAGAGAAACAUACGGCAUGUACGUUAGUAGUUUUACCGAAAAAGAUCGCCUUUCCUAUGAUCCUCAGCUCUGCGAUGUGGACACGAAGGGUGCUCAUGGAGAGGAUUCCAACAUGACUAUGAUUGUACUCCAAAAAGGACAAUGUAUUCCGAACACUGGGCUAGACAUAGAUUUGGAUCUAAUUUUUAAAAAAAGCUCAGAGUAUAAAUACGGCGAUAAAAGAAACUUAGUGCUAGAACUGGUUAGAUUGAGAGGCUUAGGUGAAAUGACACUCAAAGAUCGUGUCUAUCUGGACGACUAUAGCUAUGACAACGUAGCGUCCCUUGCGGUUCUAUGUGAUGCAAGAAUUUUUGUUUCGCCGAUUCGUUUAGAAAUCCAAUCGAUCAAUCACAACUCCUCUUUGCGAUUUUCAGUACGUAUGAUUGGGGAUGGAGGUGAAUAUGAAAAUCACGACAAAUGUAUUUUCACUCGGGAGCAAUUAUCAAUGGCCUACUUUUAACUAUGAAUAAAAAGUUUUGACAUUUACAUGG